AGGGGGCCGAAUACUUUCGCAAGGCACUGUACAUGUGCUGGUAUGUGCAGUCUUUGGCAACUCUGGAACAAGGAGGCAGCAUCAGCCUCAGCAGCCUGGAGGUUCAGCUGGAGACACUUCUAGAGUGUCGUCACAUUCAGCCCACCAGAGACAGGUUUGGAGCAGAGGCUCUGGCUUUGCUCAGCGGAGUGGGCAUUUCACUUGCUGCUUAUGUCAUCACCUGGCUAGACAGGAAGGGGAGGGGCUUUCCUAUCUACCUCAUCUCACAGCUUGCUCUCUGUCUCGCAUUGUGUCCUAACACUGAAUACACAGCAGUCAGUGAGAGGAGGAUACUGGCUCUAAUUAAAACAUGGACCAGUCAGAUCUUCCCCAGUGGUCCAGGUGUUGAAGCCGAACUGUUUCUUUGGUGGCACAAAGCACAGAAUCUGAUCUGUCAGCGGAACAGCUACAACCACAAGCAGGCCAGACAGAAGUGUCAGGAGUUGUCAUGAGUUUGCUGAAGUUGCAAACCAGGCUGAUUCAGCUGGGAGAAGAAAGGCUGAACUCUGGACUGCUAGGAGCUGUAGGUCUGGGGAAGAGGUCACCUGUUUCAAAUAGGUGUGCUCACAUGUAUAAGGAUAUUCACAUGUAUUUAUUGAAUACAUUCCAGAAUUUCCCCACAGAUUUUAUGAGUUUAUUGCAAAGCACAGGAGAGGACAAGAGGAGAUGACAUGAAAGGAGAGGGAGAGGACAGAAGGGUAAAGUAUAGAAGACGAGAGAUGACAGUAGAAUGGAGAGCAAAGCAGAAAGAACAGGAGAUGAGGCAAGGAGGAGAAUAAAGAAUGAAAAGUCAAGGGGAAAAGAUAGAAGAAAGCAAAUGAGAGAAAAGAGAUGAGAAGAAAGGAGAGAGAGUAAAUGCACAGGGAAAGGAGAGGAACAAAGAUAACGGGAAGAGUAGAGUAGAGUAGGUACUUUAUUGAUCCCACAGUGGGGAAAUUUCUGUGUUACAGCAGCAAUAGAGAACAACCAACAUAACACCAUAAGAGAGGGAGUAGACUGAUGUAGACAAGUCUACCCAAAGGCCCUGCGAAAAGCUGGCUGGUGAGAUCUCUCUUUUUACUAAACAGCGCAUCAAAGAAGUCCGCUCUGACGUUUUUCCCCACCACCCUGUAUAACUCGUAACAAACCUGAAACAAAAAACACAGCAAACCAUGUAUACCACCAUAAACUGGGUGUUAAGGCCGUAGAAGGGUUUAGCUAAUGUUCCUUUCUGAUUAACUAAGUAAUAUAACAAGCCAUCUGGACAUCUAAUAUUACAAUGUCAUGGCUUUGUAGAGUGCAUAAAAUUAGCCAUUUCACCAGCAUUUUAAUUAAUGGAAAAAUUAAAUAACACAGGGUGUUAUUUAAACAAACAAAUAAACACCUGCUUCAUAUAAGAAUAAAAAGAACAGCUAGAAACACACUACCUGAAAACUGUAAUUUGAAAGUUUGAUUUGAGAGUUUACCCUGGUAUACUAUAAACAUUUUAGUGAAUCCUGAUUCCCAGUACUUUGCGAUUCUUGCAGAUCUGACGGAGAGGAUUCAACAAUGCGUCCAAUGAGGCAUCACAGAAGAAUCAAAUCAAAUCAAAUUUUAUUUGUAUAGCACCAAAUCACAACAAAAGUCAUCU